AUGGUUCGAGUAAGCUGCCUCUUGACUUGCUGCCUCCUAGGCGCGCUGAUCCUCAUCGUGCCGACAGCCGCUUACCCCAGGUUUGCUAGCAACUACUAUCGCCCACACGGACAAUAUGAAAACGAAGAUAUCCUGGAUAUGAUGAACCGGCUCAACAACCUCCUCGAACUCGAACGCAGAGUUGAAACCUUUAAAGAGGACAUUGCCAACUCAAAAGAUGAUAUUGCUAAUGACAAGCGUGCACUCGACUUGGGUCUCAACCGUGGCUACUCUGGAGCUCUCCAGGCCAAGCAUCUUAUGGGAAUCGCUGCUGCCAACUUCGCCGGAGGACCUGGAAGGAGGCGACGUGACACCCAC